GGGGUGGCUGCUGCAGGGGGCAGUUUUAGGCGGUUUGCCUCAGUUCCCUUUGGCAUGGAGCUGCUAGAGGAGAGGGGUUUACGGGAGGCUCCCGGGGCUGUCUCGUGGAAGGACGGUGAGAGCUUCUCACGGAGUCCGGGGGAACGCCUGGAUACGCACUUGGAUGUGGGGAGCAUUGCUUCAAGGAGGUGCCGAGGAACAAAGUUUCGCGCUGGGAAGCAGCAGCAGUACAGCUGACCAAGGGACCACAGCGGUGACUGCAGGAAAUUCCUAGUGAGAGAAACAGCCUUCUUUCCCACUGGACGAUGUGGAUUUUCAUCCCUGGACAUCCAAGAGAUAAAUGCAGCCAGAUGAAAUACGUGGCAGAGCGUCCCAUGCCGGGUGGGUGGGUUCCCCUGAGAAGGAAGUAAAGCCGGACGCCAGCAGUCAAGAUCCCGGCCAUGUUCGCGGUUUUGGUGGUGCUGUGUCAGCUGCAUGUGACGCUGCUCGCGUUUCCUCACUGCCCUGGGAGGUUAAAUCACUUGGAGCAGCCGGAAUGGAAAGAUGUGUUCACAUCUGUAAGGGAGGCCAAUUUAUUCAUCGGACGACAUCUUCUGAACAACAGAUUUGAUUUUGAAGCAUUCACAGCUGAUAACCUGGAAAGAGAAUGCUAUGAAGAAGUCUGCAAUUAUGAAGAAGCAAGAGAAAUUUUUGAAGACCCUGAUAAAACGAUGGAUUUUUGGAAAGACUAUUCAACUAAAGGACCUAAUAUAAAAAUAGGUGAUGAGGCACUACAGAAGAUCAAUGUCACAGGACUGCUCAUCAGCCUGGUUGCUGCUGGAGUCCUGCUGGUUAUAAUUGCUCUGAUUAUCUUCUACUGCUGCAAGAGCAGAUGCAAAUCAAGGCAACCACCAGGGUACUUGGGUUAUGUGAGGAGCAGACGACGGAAUUCAGCCAACAUCUUCAGGAGGCAUGAGGAGUUCUCCUUAAACCCCCUUCCUGUCCCAGCUGAGGAGUCAGGGCUGCCCACCUACGAGCAGGCAGUGACCUCUGAUGGUGUGCCCCCACCCCCUUACCCAGGGCCCCCCAGGCAUCCACGGUUCUUCCAGAAGUCCAUGUCCCUCCCUGGCCCCUAGGCACAAACCUCCUGCUGGGCCGGGGGGGGGUUGCUGGAACAUAACAUGCUUUUGAAAAAAGUGCGUGCUACCUUGCAUAUUGCAAGAUGAUUUACAGAAAUGUGAAAGAUCUUCUGGACAACGAGGAAGGAGUGAAGUUCCCAUUUGGGAAAAGGGACACGAAGGCUGCAGGACUGUUCUUUGCACAAAGGCACUGUGCCAAGAGGAGAGAAAAGAGCAAAUUUUGUACUGCUGCCCUCUUCCAUAUGAGCCAUCCCAUCAAACUAUUGAUGUUUCAUUAAUAGUUUCAUCUUCUUUUUCUUCAGAAAGAAGAGUAUUUUAAUUGCCCAUAUUGACACUAGCUAUUUUUUGUGACUUAAUAUUUUAAACCACCAUAAGAAGUCUAUUUUGUUGUUUGGCAAAUCCACUUCUUUGCUGGAUGAAUUUUCUAUUCAUUCUU